CGAGGGUCGCGCCGCGCUCGCGUAGCGCCGGCUUCGUUCGUGGGGACGGGACUGGAGCUGAACGAGCUGAGGCACACUUCUCGCUGAGGAAAGCGAACGUGCUGGCAUCGGGAGGCUUUCCAGGCAGGGAGCUGCUUCAGUCUGCUUCGUGUGUGGAAGAUGGGAUGCCUGAAGAGUUACUCCGCGCCGUGCUGUAUAAGGCUGGGAAACUUCGCUACAAAUCAGUGGUUCCUUCCUGCUGUAAGGGGAGAUAUUCCUCCAGGCUGUGCGGCGCAUGGAUUUGUUUGUGAUGGUACCAGAAUACUAGUCUUCGGAGGAAUGGUUGAAUAUGGAAGAUACAGUAACGAUUUAUAUGAAUUACAGGCAAGUCGAUGGCUCUGGAAGAAAGUAAAACCUCAAGCUCCUUCCACUGGAUCUCCGCCUUGUCCUCGACUUGGCCACAGCUUUUCUUUGUAUGGUAACAAGUGCUACUUAUUUGGUGGCCUCGCGAAUGAAAGUGAGGAUUCAAACAAUAACGUUCCCAGAUAUUUAAAUGAUUUCUAUGAGCUGGAGCUGCAGCACGGAUCUGGGGUUGUUGGCUGGAGUAUUCCUGUGACAAAAGGGAUCUUGCCAUCUCCCCGAGAAUCGCACACGGCCAUUGUGUACUGCAGAAAAGAUGUGGGAGUUCCAAAGAUGUAUAUUUUCGGAGGGAUGUGUGGCUGUCGGCUUAACGAUCUCUGGGAACUUGACAUAGAAACCAUGACCUGGUCAAGACCAGAAACUAAAGGGACAGUACCACUUCCUCGCAGUCUGCAUACGGCCAAUGUAAUAGGAAACAAAAUGUAUGUUUUUGGUGGAUGGGUUCCACAGUCAGCAGGAGGUGAAAUUUCUACUCAUGAUGGUGAAUGGAAAUGUACCGGUUCAUUUGCUUAUCUUAAUUUGGAUACCACGGAAUGGAUAGGCCUGAUCUCAGAUUGCCAGGAAGACAAAAGUAACUUGUUACCAGGGCCAAGAGCAGGACACUGUGCUGUAGCAGUUGGCACUCGUCUGUAUAUCUGGAGUGGUAGAGAUGGUUACAGAAAAGCUUGGAACAAUCAAGUUUGCUGCAAAGAUCUUUGGUACCUUGAUACUGGUGAGUCACAGAUAAAUAAAGAAAUUGUUCUAUGCUCUGUAUUUUAUUAAUGUGUAGGAAGCUGU